CAACAAACAUCAGCAACAUGAUACAAGCAGCAAAGAUCCUUGAGCAAAGAAGUCAUCUGGUGCCUGGGAAGCUCAGAAUCACCGAGCACUUCUUCCAAGUGCCACGUGACUAUUCCAACCCCUCAGCAGGCCAUCUCCAACUAUUCGCACGCUCAGCCCUCAAAGUAGAGAGGCCAGCCGAUUACUCUCCAGACGGCCCGCCAGACCCCAAGAAAGUCCAUUUACCAUGGCUUGUCUACCUGCAGGGUGGCCCAGGCUUCGAGUGCCGCAGCCCUGAAAAUGUGUCCUGGGUCCCGACUAUUCUCGACAAGGGAUAUCGCGUCCUUAUGCUUGAUCAACGUGGUACUGGGCUGUCUACCGCCAUCAGUCAAAGCUCCUUGCAGCUCCGCGGCGAUGAGAAGGUCCAGACAGAGUACAUGAAGAGCUUCCGCGCCGACAGCAUCGUGAAGGAUUGCGAGGCUGUACGGAAAGCACUGACUGAAGAUUACCCCGAGGAUAAGAAGAAGUGGUCCAUCAUGGGGCAAUCUUUUGGCGGCUUUUGCGCGACGACGUACCUCUCAUUUUACCCUGAAGGCGUGAAGGAGGCUUUCCUCUUUGGCGGCCUGCCGCCUCUGCGCAGCAAUCCAGAUGAGGUCUAUGAGCGCCUGUAUAAACGUGUCAAGAAGCGGAAUGAACAGUACUACGAGAAGUACCCUGAGGAUGUCGACCGGGUAAAGCACAUCAUCAAACUCCUCUCCAGAUUCGGCGACACCACUGUCCGCGUACAAGGCGGCGAGGGCUACCUCAGCGCACGGCGGUUCCUUCAGCUUGGGAUCUUCUUCGGAAAGCACGGUGGAUUCGACGAGGUGCAUGCAUUGGUCUUGAGAGCGGACACAGACCUCAGCCAAUUCGGACACCUCACGCGUCCCACUGUGCUUGCGCUCGAAGCCGCGCAGUCGUGGGACACGAACGUCAUAUAUGCUUUGAUCCACGAACCCAUCUAUUGCCAAGGUGAAGCAGCCAACUGGUCCGCUGAACGUCUUCUCGCAAAGUUCCCUGAAUUCUCGUUGCAGAAUGUGGACUCCGCAGACCCAGUCUACUUCACCGGCGAGAUGAUCUACCCGUUCAUGUUCGACUGCUACCCUGAGCUUACGAAGAUGAAGAACGUGGGCCAGCUGCUUGCUGAAGAGAAAGAAUGGCCUGCGCUGUACGAUGUUGAGCAGCUGAAGAAGAACAAUGUGCCUACAUACGCGGCAGUCUAUCACGACGACAUGUACGUGGAUUUUGAGCUGAGUAUGGAGACUGCGAACACGAUCAAGGGGUGCAAACCGUUCGUCACGAAUUCGAUGUAUCACAACGCAAUUGGUGCGAAGACGGACGAUGUGUUGAAGGAGAUGUUUGCGAGGAGAGACGACGUUAUCGAUUAAUAGCACGGUACCCUUGGCGAGAUUAUGAAGGUCGAAAGCAGGCCGUGCAAAGCGCCUUCAACUUCAGAGUACAUGACAUCGCUUUCUGAUCCUGACACUUGAGGAUCAAGAUCGGAGGGCUCUCGCUAUCCCAUAGAGGGUGCUGGAGGCCUUCAAUGCAACACUCUAAUAGUAGUGGCAAGGUCGCGCUAAUGAGCUUGAGUCCGGCGUUCUCAUUGACAG